AUGGCUGCAAGCCGUCGCAAACAAGAUGACAAAAAUUUAGAAACUUUACGUGAACUCAUAUCUUUGAAUGGGAAUAAAUACUGCUUAGACUGUAAUCAAAGAGGUCCCACAUAUGUUAAUACCACAAUUGGCUCUUUCGUGUGUUCAAAAUGUUCGGGAAUGUUGCGUGGUCUUACACCUCCACAUCGAGUAAAAUCUAUCUCCAUGGCUACAUUUACGCCAGAAGAAAUAGAAUUCAUAAAAGUAAGAGGAAACGAUUAUUGCAGACGCGUGUGGCUAGGCCUUUAUGAGGGUGAAAGUGUAAACUUUACUGAUGAACAAAGCGUAAAAGAUUUUAUGUCCGAUAAGUAUGAAAAGAAACGAUAUUACCUGGAGUCGUCGCUUAACACUACUGUUACGAAUGGUAGCGCACUGGGAAAAAAUAAAAUUAAAACCAAAUCUGCUAUUAGUAAUAUUGGUACCACACCUCUAAUAUCUAUUUCACCCCAAGCCUCUAAAUCACCUAAUAAUAAUAAUGUGAUCAAUACAGCAAAAGUAGUAAGCAAUGUUUCAGUUAAUGAAACAAACCAUAAGCUGCCCAGGCCUGUGAAUAACUUCACUCAGUCAUCACUGAAUAAAGUAAUAAGUAUUCCAGCCACUUCAAACCCAGUCCCUGUACCUGAUUUUCCUGUAGAUUUUUCUACUGCAAACAUUUUUAAUAGUGCCCAGUACAACAACAGCAUUAAUAAUAAUAUUAACAACAAUGUAAUGGUUCAGCCAAUAUCCACCACCAGUACUCCAGCCUUCAAUGCAUUCAAUUCUUCUACAGCUUCAAAUGACCGAUAUGCCGCAUUAGCUGAUUUAGAUCUUGCUUUACGACAACAAAAAAUGAAAAAUAUGGAGGAUAAUAACAGUGUUAACAAAAAUCCUUUUCAAAGUCCAUCAAGCAAUGACUUGUUUACAAACAAAAAUCCCUUCUUUAAUGGAGGCUGGAGCACUGUUGCAACACCUGUUCCUGUUAAUCCUUUUAAGCCAGCGAACAAUGGAGCCUUUGUGAAUUCCAAGAAUCCCUUCCUC